AUGAAGGUCAAAUCACACACAGCGGAGCAAGGGUUUCCCGCCUCCGGAGUUAUCAGAGACAUGAUUGAGUGCGUUACUGCGGACGUCUCCGAUAUUGAGCAGUUCUACAACAUCACCUUCUCCAAAACGCGGAUCUACCGCUUGGAGGACUAUUACCGCGACAAACUGGCCGAGCUGGCAACUGUUCAAUAUCUCUUCUUGCACCCCGAAGAUCGGACCGACUAUAUACUACUGGAGAAAUACUUGCAUCAACAACGCGGAAGCCUCGCGUCCUUGAAAGCUUCCCUCGAGGAACUGAAACCUCUCAUCGAGCCGUUUGCAUCUGGACUGGUUGUACUUAUCGAACGCAGACAAAAGGUAGAGCCAACUACCGGCAGGUAUGCAGCAGAUGUUCUUUCGUCUGUGGCUCAGGAUUUAGAAAAGAAGCUUCGCGCAAUCAGUACCGACGAACGGCCCAAAGACCCAGGAGCUCGUUUUGCAGCCUAUCGCGCGGUCAAAUGUCUGGAAGAGCUUACAGGAGCGUUGGAGGAAUGGACGAUCUUCUACAAAGGAUAUGAUCCAGACUUCACAUGGUGGACGAGUGCUCCUUUCCAGGAGGUAAUCCGACAGUUGAACUCCUUCCAAGCAGCCGUGACCGCUAAUUUGGUUGGAAGCUCUGUUGGCAGCUCUACUGAUGACAUAGUUGGUCAGCCCGUCGGAAGAUCAGGUCUCCUAACAGAUCUCGAUGCUCAGUUUAUCGCAUACAGUCCCGAAGAGCUGAUCGAGAUCGCUGACAAGGAAUAUGCCUGGUGCAAAACUGAGAUGAUCAAAGCAUCUAAGGCAUUGGGAUAUGGAAAAGACUGGAAAGCUGCACUUGAGCAUGUCAAGAAUCUCUAUGUUGAACCUGGCCAGCAAACGCGUCUUGUCCACGAACUGUCUAAAGAGGCAGUAGCAUACGUCAAACGCCAUGACAUGGUCACAGUCCCAACUAUAGCCGAAGAAUGCUGGAGAACUUUCAUGAUGACACCCGAGCGACAAAAAGUCAACCCGUUCUUUCUUGGAGGAGAAUCCCUCAUCGUGUCGUAUCCAACUGACACGAUGUCGCACGCAGACAAGUUGAUGUCUAUGCGCGGAAACAACAGACCAAUGUCCAGAAGUACUGUCUUUCACGAGCUGAUCCCCGGUCACCAUCUCCAGAUGCACAUGAUCGCCCGCUACAGAUCCUAUAGAAGCCUCUUCACCACACCUUUCUGGAUCGAGGGUUGGGCUUUCUACUGGGAGUUCAUUCUGUGGGAUCGUGGCUUCGCUAGCACUCCAGAAGAGAAGAUCGGUAUGCUUUUCUGGCGCAUGCACCGCUGUGCUCGCAUCGUUUUCAGUCUCAAGUUCCAUAUGAACCAGAUGACACCUCGAGAAUGCAUCGACUACUUGGUUAACAAGGUCGGGCAUGAAAGAGCCACCGCCGAAGGUGAAGUUAGACGAAGCUUUAAUGGCGAUUACAAUGCCCUGUACCAAGCUGGAUAUAUGCUCGGAGCACUCCAAAUCUAUGCCUUGCGCAAAGAGAUGGUAGAGAACGGUGAUUUCUCGGAGAAGGAGUUUCACGAUCGUAUACUCAGGGAAGGAGAGAUGCCUAUAGAGAUCCUUAGGGCAUUGCUGCAAGACAAGAGACUGCGGCCAGGUCACAAGGCAGAUUGGAGGUUCUAUGAUCUCUAG